AUGGCCGCUGACUUUGGCAGCUGGGGAGAGCCAGAUCACAGGCUAAACACAGCUUUUGGGCAGUAUGAAACAGAAAAGUUUUUGAGAACUACUGCUGAGCAGGAAGAUGUCCUUGAACCUGAUGCUUUGUCAGGAUCCAGAAGGAUGAGGCAAAGCUUUUCCCUUCUAAUUGCACAGUAUGAUAAGCAUUUGGAAGAGACGAGUGAACAGCUGCAGCUUUAUCAGGCCCAGAUGGGUGAGAUGAGACUAAAAUUUGAACAAGUCACCAAGGAAAAUGAAAGGCUUCAUGCAGACUUGAAAGAGGCUGUUGAGAAGCAACUGGAGGCUCUUCCCUCUUCUGUGUUUAUGGGGACUGGUGUUUCUGCAGAUGAAGAAAUAGUGAGAAAUCUUCAAGAACAGCUACAGCUGGCCAGUCAGGAAAAAGAACAAGCGCUACAACUCUGGCAGUCUGUAUCAAGGGAAUUUGAUCAACUCCAGCAGCAGUACCAGCAACACAUGACCGAAACACAAAUUCAUGUGGCUGAAAAGAAAAAGCAGAAAGAUCAACUGACUGGCUUUCAACAGCUGACUCAGCAACUGCAUGUAGCCAAUGAGAAAAUAGAGUUGAGCAAUCAACAAUUUCUGAAAACACUAACAGAACAGAAUGUUGAGCUAGAGCAACUGCGCAAACAACUGAGGCAAGCUAAAAUAGAUGGGCGAACAGCAAUUGCUAAGGUUGAUGAAAUGACCAGAUUGGCAGAGAAGCUUCAAGGCCAGUUGGAGAGAAAGGAGGAAGAUAUGGUAUCUGCUCAGCAGAGAGAAGAAGCCUCUGACAAACGCUUGCAGCAAAUGCAGUCCAGUAUAAAACAAUUAGAAACAAGAUUACGUGUUACUGUCCAAGAUGCUGAGCAGCUGAGAACAGAAAGAACAGCACUGGAGAAACAGAUCAGAGAGCUUCAGACAAAGUGUGCUAGUCUAGAAAAGGAGAAGUAUAAUGCUGUUACAAAAGUCCAAGAUAGCAUACAACUUUUAGAAGAAGCUAACCUACAAAAAAGUCAGGCACUUUAUGGGGAGAAACAAAAGGAAGAGGAAAUCAAAAAUAUGAAAAAUGAAAUGACCCAACUUGCAGAAGAAACUGCUGCAAAAAUUCGAAAGGCAGUAGACUUUACGAAGAAACAAUAUAAUGUGCAGGUUUCUCGACUAACAGAAGAACUUUCUGCUCUUCAGCUGGAAUGUGGAGAAAAACAGAGUCAAAUUGAACGAGUCAUUAGAGAAAAGCGAGCAGUGGAAGAAGAACUUGAAAAGAUUUAUCGGGAAGACAGAGGACAUGAAUCUGACAGUAGAAAAUUAGAGCAACUGCAUCAAAAAUACCUACUUGCAGAAUGCACAAAAGGUGACCUGCAGCUGAGCCUACAGACAACACAGAAUAAACUGAAGCAACUGGAAAUGAACUCUGAAGAAGAGAAAUCUCGUCUCCAGGAAAUGAUCUGUAAAUUGCAGAACAUUCUGGAUUCUGAACGAGAAAAGAGCGGCUUUGUCAGUGAACAAAGGCUAAAACUUCAACAAGAGAAUGAACAAUUGCAAAAAGAAAUGGAGGGCUUAAGAAAACUGGCCAUGGAGGCUCAACAAAAAGCUAAAAUAAUGAUAAGCACAAUGGAACAUGAGCAUUCUGUGAAAGAACACGGAUAUGAAGCUCGACUUAAAGAAAUGGAGGACAACAGUCAAAAAUCCACCGCGGAACUGAGGCGUCUCUUAGUAGCUCAGCAAAAAGCAACAAAUCGGUGGAAAGAGGAAACAAAAAAUCUUACUGAUACUACAGAAGUCAGGAUCAGUAAGCUAAAAAGUGAACUGAGUCAACAGAAACUUCGCACCCAAGAGCUCCUUUCUCAGCUGGAAAUAGCAAAUGAGAAGGCUGUUGAGGAUGAAAAAUUAAUGAUGGAAUAUCGAGAAUACAUCAAUAGGCUUCAAAGACGACUAAGCCAGGCAGAGCAGAGGGCAGCUACAGCAUCUCAAAAGCUCAGUGUGAUAACCGCACACAAGAGGAAAGCUGCUUCCCUGCAAGAGUUGGAAAAUACUUAAAUAUGUGCAUUGUUCACUCACAUCAUGUUGGAGUUGAGAAGAUUGCUGGAGACU